CCCAAUAACAACAUCGAAGCCUCGAACACGCUUGCCAGUGUACUAUUUCGAAUUUCCCGCCAAUCGUGCAGAGCGCCAAUCGUCGAACAUCGCGAUCAUAGGUGUACACCCGCCAAUCGUUCGUGAUGCUGCACACGAGGACCCUCGCCGUCGUUGCAGCAUCGCCUCUCAUAGUCGAAAGUGUCUUACCGUCUUGGUUGGUUCGCGUGUCCGGCAGCCAUGUCGUACCCAAGCGUUCCGUCGGCGAUCGUGCCCUUAGCCGUGGCCAAAUAUCGCGCAAGGACAUGCUCGACAAUUACCAAAAGACACGAGAAAAGUACAAGUCUAAAAAGCUUCCCCAUGACGUGAAUCCAAAGGGGGUGUUUGCCUGCAACGAACUCGACCUGAGAGAGGUCCAAGUUUAUGGAUUCGAUUACGAUUACACGUUGGCUUGUUACAAGCCAUCCAUGGAUUACCUGUUGUACAGUCUGGGUCGUGAUAUGCUCAUUCAAAAGUAUAAGUACCCCGUGGGAAUCGGCAACCUCGAGUACAAGAAGGAUUUCGCAGUUCGUGGCCUGCAUUACGACAUCGAAAAGGGUCUGCUGCUGAAACUCGACAGCUUCUUGCAAAUUCAAUUUGGCGCCGUUUACCGCGGUUUGCAUCCAGUACCCGCCGACGAGGUCCUUAGGCUCUAUAAAAACCGGAUAAUACCGAUCGCUUACGUGGAAGCGCCUCAUAAACAUUCUCAUGACGCACUGCACCGAACGAAAAUGAUUCAGCUAGCUGAUCUAUUUUCGGUACCGGAAAUGGGUCUUUUAUGUAACGUUACGGAGUACUUCCUUAGAAAUCAUAUCGAUUAUCACCCCGAAAUACUUUUCAGAGACGUUAAGAAUUCCGUACAAAGUUGUCAUCCUAUAAUGCACGGUUUGGUAGUACAAAAUGUAUCCGAAUAUUUGGAGCAGAACAAGGAUUUAAAACGAUUUUUUGAUCGACUUAAGAAAGCUGAUAAAAAAAUGUUCUUAGUAACCAAUAGCCCUUUUCAUUUUGUCGAUACUGGAAUGAGAUUUUUGGUUGGCGAUAAUUGGAAAGAUUACUUCGAUGUAGUGAUAGUACAAGCGAGAAAACCGAAAUUUUUUACCGAAGAAUCUCGACCUCUUAGAAUAUACGACGAAGUUAACAAAACGCAGCUAUGGGACCGAGUCACCAAACUUGAAAAAGGAGUUAUAUACCUCGAAGGCACGGUUAAACAAUUGCAAGAUAUGACCGGAUGGCGAGGGCAUCAAGUAUUAUAUUUUGGAGAUCAUCCUUACAGCGAUUUAGCGGAUGUAACGUUGGAGCACGGUUGGCGAACUGGGGCUAUAAUUACAGAAUUAACGCACGAAAUCGCAACAUUAAAUAAUCCAAAAUUUAAAGAAAAUGCAAAUUGGCUACAAAUGCUGACAGGAUUGAUCGAAGAACAUCAGGAUUACGAAGGAACAGAUGUGCAAGCAGUACUCGACGAAUGGAUCAAGGAAAGAGAUAAAUUAAGGAACGAGAUAAAACGAGUAUUCAACGAACAAUUUGGCUCUGUGUUUAGAACGUAUCAUAACCCCACGUAUUUUUCAAGAAGACUCUUCAGAUUUGCUGACAUUUAUAUGAGCUCAAUUACGAAUCUAUUAGAAUACUCAACGAGUCAUACCUUCUAUCCGAGAAGAGGCGUAAUGCCACACGAAUAUACAAGUUAUUUCGUAUAAUACUUGUACACAGCUACCUGUUAUUUAAGUUUAUGACCGAAGAUAGUCGAUGCUUUGAAGCGUGACAGGGGCUUAUGGAUCAAUGAUCAAAACUAUUUCAAUCAAAACUUCCGAAUGGAACAACAAUGUCAAAAGUUAGGUAUUUAGAAAAUUAAAAUGCAUUUGCAUACAAUAUUAUGUAUAUAACAAGAAAAUUUUAUCACCGCUUAGCGCGUUAAAAUUAUGCGAUAUUUGGCGCAAAAAUACCUAACACGUAUCAAUUUACAUAUGCAUUCUUUCCUUUUUUCUUUUCUUUACUUUUUUUUUUCUUUCUUUCUUUCUUUUAGACAAUACAACUAUUUUGCUCCAACAUUAAUUUAUUCAAAACGAAUUAACAUAAACUAUAUAUACAUGUAAAUGUUUCGUACAUGUCGCGUUAUUAUUUAGCGCGUCUGAAAAUUCUUGAGAAUACAUUUACAAAAUUACAGAAAGUUUACGAAAGAAAAGAAAAAUAGAAUAGUAUUCUAUUAUUAAAGAGCGGAGGAGAAAAACGAGAUGAUCUAUAUAGAACAAUAAAAAGGUGCACUUGUUAUUCAGCAUUAAAAACUAUUCCAUUUGAAAUACACAUUUCUUUCUCCUUAUGGCAAACAGAUACAGAUACUAUACGUAAUUUAUUCAGGUACAAAAUUUGUUAUGCUAAACGUUCGGUGUCAAAGUACACGUACGUAUAUCGUAGAUACUAUAAAACGGACAUAUGGAAAUUACUCUCUGACAUAAUAAAGUACAAUUCACGCCGAGUAGGAUAAAAGAAUUAAAGUUAGCAGGGUUGUCCCUAAUAACUGUAAUUUUAGUUUCAAGUUAACAGCAAGCACAAGGUGGUACUUUUAUUUUUACUGCUGGAAAUAUUCGCGCUGCUAUCCUUGGAUGAGAAUAUUCGUUUACGUAACAAGUGGUAUUAUGAUAUUCGUGGCAAUAGUGGUGUACCGUCUAGUAAAAAAACAACAUAUAUUAUGUACAUAAUUUUAACAAACGUGUAUGAUAUUGAAAUCUCGGAAAAAAGAAAACCACAAGAACAAGUGACCACAACGAAAUCUUUCAAUCGUAAUAUAUAUCGCGUCUGAAAAAUCUAUCCGAUCGAAUAAUCUCAUUUAUGUAAGAUAUUUCGUUUUUAAACGCAUAUCAAAUAUCUUUGAGAAUAAAAACGUAGAAAUCACUCUCUGUUCGUAUUAGUUUCGUCUACUGUAAUGUUUUUUCCUUUUAUAUAUAUAUAUAUAUAUAUAGGAUUUUACUAGGUUCUACGCAAAGAGAAUAGAAUACAUCCAAUUAGAGUAUAUCGAAAUUACUAAUAUAGAAAAGAGAAAAGAAAUUCCAUUUAAUAUUUUGUUUAUCGUAAUAGUACAAUAGUAUGUUUUAAGAUUGUUUUGUUUCCGCUAAAUACAACAUGUGUUCAAAUGUACGUAGAUAAUCGUGAUAGUUAAUAAAAUUAAAUUUAGACAAAGUUA